GUAUCAAGGAUAGCGUGCUUGCCAAGACCGCAGUGGCCACACAAACCCUCCACCACCACAUAGAUGUCCAUAAAAGCCCCCGGGAUGGACGCCAUGACAAGGAAGACCACCUCCUGCGAUACGUUAAGGUUGACAGCACCAAGGACUCGGAAGACCUACGUGAAGAUGGCAUAUGCUUGCAUCUGAGCGCACCGGUACCAGACACCUAGUACAUGCAUGGCCAGAUCAGGGCAGUGAUCCUACCGUCCACGGACUUCAUCCCUCAGCUGACAUGGUCUCUAACGCUAGUGGAGCCCUACAUGUCCAAGCAUAUUUUGAUGAUACCCAGGAGUUGGCCAUUCUGUUGGGAGAAAUGUUCCGGGUAUCAUUUCCGGCUUUCUACACCAAAUAUGAAGCUGCCUUCCUGGCCGGCCGUUGGACGGUAACUGAUCCAGGGCCCCUCCUUGGAAGAGUCCUGGUGUGGAAACUGCAGGUGAUGCCCCAUCAGGACGGCUUAGAUGCGGGUCCAUCUAUCAUCUUCAACAUGGGUAAAUUUACAGGCGGAGAAUGUUACAUAACCGAUCUUAAGCUCAAACUCUUAUACCGUCCUCGGGAUGUCAUAAUUCUCAUGGGUGGAGCCCUCUACCAUGGGAUAGGACCGUGGAAGCCACUCCCUGGCAUUACUGAAGAUGGCAUUACACCAGGACGAGUAUCUAACGUUUGGUUCUUCCCUCACUCCUCCUUCCAAGUCUUGGAAAACAAAGAGCCUGGCUGGGCACUCAAGUCUGCUGGAGGUUUGAGAGGAACUGGCUCAGAGUUGGAUUCUAGCAACUGGGACUCAGAGUCAGACUAGAAUCUCAAAGGAUUACAUAUUUGUCCAUAGAAGCAUUGUUCCGGUACUAGAGCAACAGGCUGUCUAUUCUAUUGAGUUGGCACACUCCAG